UCAAUAAUGUUUAUUAAAUAAUUUAAAUAGUUGAUAACUGAAUCCAGCAAUUUUCAAGUUAUAAAUGAAUCUUUUCCGUCAUUAUUGGAAGGAAUAAAAAUGAUUUGGAUUUUAUCUAAAUAUUUUAAUACCGAAGAAAAAAUGACUUUACUAUUAAGUAGCGUUUCAUGGCAAGUAUGUGAAAAUGUUAAGAAUACUUUAUCAGUAAAAGAACUAUUCAGGAAACCAUUGAAAGAAAUAGUGGAGCAAACAAAAAAUGCUUAUACUAUGUUAAAAAGUUGGAAAAAUUUAUAUUUCGUAACCCGAAAAAGUAUUGAAUUAUCAGAAAAAGGAAAACGAUGGGAAUUUGAUCAAAACCGUUUAUUCAGUGAGAUUGAAUAUAUUACAAAAGUUUGCAAUGAUUUUAACGAAAUAGCAAGUGUUCUUCAAAGCUAUUACAAUAUUUUUGGCCCAGAUUUGAAAUCAAUUAUUACUGAUCCGUCACAAAUAGAUGUUAUCGUAAAAAGGGUCGAUGAACUAAUUUUACCAAUUUCAAAUGCUGACUUUAAUAUUUUCAAUAAACUUAAUCAAGAAAAUUGGGAUGCUACAAUGGCUUGGUUUUAUUUAGAAGUGGCUUCUUUACAAAAAGAAGCGUUAUUUUUGAUUGAUGACUAUUUUAAAGCAUUAAUUAAUGCUGAACAAGCUUUAGAAGUACUUCUCAAAUUUAAAAAUUUCAAAACGAAACCCGCUAUUCAAGAAUGUUUGUUGAUGAAAUUUGACGUUAUUAUGCAACAAUUUAGCAAAGAAAUAAACCAGGUUGAAGAUAUAUUCAGUUCAGGUAAAAAAAAUCCACCAUUAUUAAAAUAUCAUGUGCCAAUUGCUGGCUCUAUAUUCUGGGUACGACAACUACUUAGUAGAUUACAAGGUCCAGUAAUGACAUUCAAAUCUGUCCUCGAACUUAAUCAGAGUAAUUUGAAAUCAUUAGUAUUUAGUCAGUAUCUAGAUGCUGUCAAACAAAUGAAACAGUUUGAAGAUAUGAAAUUUGAUUCCUGGAAUAACAAAGCCAACGCAGAUGUAUUGAAUACAAUGAAAAAUAAUAUUUUGAAAAUUACUCCCAUAGUUGAAACUACAAGGAAUAAAAGUAUCGAAAAUAAAAAAUUAGGAAGUAAAGAUUUAUUGAAUCCGGGGCCUAGCAUUGGAGGAAAAAUUGUAUGCUCUCGUUCGGCUGGUGUCAAAAUAGGAUCUAGUUUAAAAUGCUUGGCUAAUAAAGUCCUCAAAUUGCAGACUAAUUCUAAAACUGAUAAACCAUUACAUCAAAUGAAAGUAACUUGGAUGGAAAAAGCAGAUGAUAAAACCAUGAUUGAAAAACUAUUGUCUUUUCAAAUAAAUUUCAAUUUCAAAAUUUUUGAAGCAAUUCAUGAAGCCGAAAUGUUAGAGCAAUUAAAAUUUGAAUUGCCAAUAUCUAUGAGAGAUAAAAGUAUUCAAAAAGAUCGAUUGAAAGUAGAUAUUGAACUUACUCAAACAAUAAUUGAUCAGUAUAAUGAACUUAUGGAUCAAUUAGAUCCUGCCGAUGUCGUAUUGCUCAAAAACAUGAUUAACAAUAUCGAUAAGUAUAUACAAUCUGGAGCAACAAGAUUAAACUGGUAUUGUUUAGACAUACCUAAUUAUGCUGCCCACAGUAAAAAAUUGUUGAAGAACUUGAAGUCAAUAAUUGCACAAGUGAAUCAUAUAAAAAAAGAUCUUGAUGGUCGAAUAGAGCACAUCAGUACUUAUAAUUUAAUUACUAUUACUGAUUCAUUGGAUUCAAAUAAUCAGUUACUACAAUGCAACAUUUAUUUCUCAGAGAUUAAAAUUAAAAGAACAAAGUUAGUAAAUGGCAUGUUAGAAACGUAUCUGUCUAUUACUCCAAUAUUAAUAAAAUUAGAAAGUCUAGUUAAGAACACAACAUCUGGCAAAAGUAUAGCUAUGCAAUAUUUUUACGAACGUUAUGAACAACAAAUUUUUACAGCGUUUGUAAACUGUUUGAGAAAAAAUUUAGAUACUUUAAAUAUUUUACUUUCGAACAAUCAAGCAAUUUUCACAGUGGAUGCAGUCUUAUUGUGUUCUGAAGUAGUUCUUCGACCUUCUCCAAAUGAAAUAAAUAUAAUAGUUCUUCGAGAUGUUAAAGAUAUGCUUGAAAAAAUGAAACUAUUUCCAAGGUGGAUAGCAGGAAGCUGUCACAAGUAUAUCCAAGUAAAGGAAACAAAUUCAGAUGGCUUUUUUGAUUUUAAUUUUCAUGAAGAUAUAAUAAGCAUUCAAGUCAUAAAUGAUAGCAUUAUUGCUAUUAAAAAUACAGUUUAUGAAAUAACAUCACGUUGUCGGAAAUAUCUUCAUAGAUGGAAAAAAUACAGCAAUUUAUGGCGAGCUGAUAAACUUCAAGUUUGUGAGAAGUUCGUUACGACAUGCUCCAGUCUAAACGAAUACGAUGAAAAAUUUACGUUUUAUGAUACAGUAAUUGAAGAAAUUGACGAGUGGACAUCAUACUAUGAUAUAUUUUGCAUAAGAAUAAACUUGGGCCCAUUACUGAAAAGUAUCAAAAAUUAUGCUCAAAAAUGGAAACAAAUUUUAGGGGACUAUCUUAUAACAGAAACUAAACAAUCAAUGAAAAAUUUUGCUUUGAAAAUAAAGAAAUUUCGAUCGGAAAUUGAACUUGUUAUUAAUAAUUUGGAUAAAUUCAAAGCUGUUUUGCAAACUAUUGCAGAUAUAAAAAAAAUUUCAAUACAAGCUAUCGUCCAAUAUGAUGAAUAUAAAGAAACAUUUAAAAUACUUAAAGCCCAUGGGAUAAAUUUUUUGUCUGAGGUUGAAGAACAAGCUUAUAUCAUUCAGGAAGAUUGGGAAUUAGUUUAUUCUGAAGCACUUUAUCGAGAUAUAAUAUUAGAAACUACAAAAAAACGGUUUCGUCAAAUGACUGAAAAUCAAAUUUCUGAUCUUCAAGCAGAAUGUGUGGAGUUUGCUCAAUAUUACGAUAAAAAUGGACCAGCGAGCGUCGAGAGCGAUCUCGAUAAUGGAUUAGACAAAGUAGAAGAAUUUGAAGGUUUAAUAAGAACUUUAGAAAAACGGCGGCUGGAUCUUGCGUAUGCAGAAAAUUUAUUUAACCUUUUACCAACAAAUUUUUCAAUUUUCGAGAAAGUUAAGCAAAAUUUUGAAGACAUUAAAAUAAUAUAUUCUUUAUAUAAAACACAAAAAGAUGCAGAAAAUAUUUUGUCAAAAACUUCAUGGUCAGAUUUAAAUUUUCAAAAAUUGAUCAAUGAAAUAGAAUUUUAUAUCAGAGAAUUUAAGAAACUUCCGAGUAGAAUUCAGCAGCUUGAUAUUAGUCAAAUACUUUUAGCAAAGAUGGAAGCAUUUAAGAGUUCAGUGCUAUUGUUCGUUGAUCUGAAACAUGAAGCUAUUCGCGAAAGACAUUGGAAGGAAUUGAUGGACAAAACAGGAAAACAUCUUGACAUAACUUCUCAUGAAUUAGAUGAUAAAGAAAAUAAAGGACUUUCUCAAUGACUGAAGCAAUUUCUUUUUA